CGCGCAUCAAGGACCAGACGCAGAUGGAUUUAAAAUCCUCUGACACAGACGGAGAGCUCUGGAGCGUCUCCAGCCGCCUUCACUCAUGUCCCAGUAUGAAACUGGAGGACUGCAGCUCCUCUCUGAUAUUUGACUGCAUCUCUGGCCCCUUAGAAAGACAUGUUGUCUGCUGGCACACACUGGCCGGCCGCCAUGUGGUGGCUGCUCUCGACAGGCCAGCGAAAUCCAGAUAAAUUAGAUUAUUGGAUUGGCUACAACAGAUUAUAGCUCUCCUUCGAUGCUUCAUAAGAAAGCGGCACCAGUUUGAUCAUAGGAGGUUUUAUGAGAUACAGCCUUGAUAAAGACUGGCAGCCAUGCUGACCAGCUUUAUUGAAGGCCUCCUCUGCUGUCUCACCUCCAAACCGGCCAACACCGUGGUUCCCGUGGACACCUCUGAGCCUGCAGAUGGGUACGAGUUCGUGGAGGUGAAACCAGGCCGUGUCCUGCGGGUUCGACACAUCAUCCCUGACAGACCGGCGGUGGAGGAGCCCUCGCUGGGUGGGAUCGUGAGCUGCAAAAGAAAGAUCACAGUCUACCGCAACGGACAGCUGUUCAUUGAGAACUUGGGCGAGAGGGCGAGCGCGGAGCUGAAAACCUGCCAGAACGGAGAGACUGAACCCAACAGCAUGGUGGAGGUUGAGCUGACAGACUGUCGCAACUCUUCACCUCCGGUCAGCAUCCCCGAGGCUCGGUCAGACUCUGUCACAGCUGGAAACAACGGGGCAUCGGAAACCGGGUCAGCAGGAGAGGCACCUGCUGCAGGACAGGCCGAGCAGUCCCAGCAACCCCGCAAACGGAGGAGGAAGCCGAAGCGCACCGUGGUGAUUGACUGUGAAAGGAGGAUAGCAGCCUGUAAAGGAACACAUUCAGAUGUUGCUCUGUUCUUUAUCCACGGAGUCGGGGGGUCGCUGGAUAUCUGGGGGAGUCAGCUGGACUUCUUUUCCCGACUCGGGUACGAGGUGAUCGCCCCGGACCUGGCGGGCCACGGAGCGAGCUCAUCUCCACACAUAACUGCAGCGUACACCUUCUAUGCCCUGGCAGAGGAUAUGAGACUAAUCUUUAAGAGAUAUGCAAAGAAGAGGAACAUCCUCAUAGGACAUUCAUAUGGCGUGUCUUUCUGUACGUUCCUGGCUCAUGAGUUUCCAGACCAGAUUCACAAAAUGGUGAUGAUCAAUGGUGGAGGUCCCACAGCGCUGGAGCCCAGCCUGUGCAGCAUCUUCAACCUGCCCACCUGUGUGCUUCACUGCCUGUCCCCACUGUUAGCCUGGAGCUUCCUAAAGGCGGGCUUCGCUCGGCAGGGGUCCAGGGAGAAGCAGUUGCUGAAAGAGUACAAUGCCUUCAAUGUGUCGUCAUUUGUAUUGCGUGCCAUGAUGAGCGGUCAGUACUGGCCUGAGGGGGACGAGGUUUAUCACGCCGAGCUCACGGUGCCCGUCCUGCUGGUUCACGGCAUGCAUGACAAGUUUGUCCCAGUAGAAGAGGACCAGCGCAUGGCUGAGAUUCUUCUAAUGGCGUUCCUGAAGGUCUUGGAGGACGGCAGUCACAUGGUGAUGCUGGAGUGUCCUGAAGCUGUCAACACACUGCUGCAUGAGUUCUUCCUCUGGGAACCAGUCACACUUCCACCGCCAAAGAAAGAGCCCAAAGCCCGUCCAGAGACUGCCAAACCUCAAACUGACAACACUUCUGAGCCCGCCACGGUCCGGCCUGCAACCGCCAGGCAAACCUAAUCAAACUGAGCAGAAACAGACUAAAGAACGCAACGGAAGCAGGGGUAAAUGUAAACCGUGGCUCAUCCACUUCCUGCAGAACAGAACAGGUUUGAAUGGGACAGAGAGACAAAGUGGACGAUUUAUCUGAGCUCCUCAGGAUUACAGUUGGAUUUGUGGAGGUGGGACAUUGCUGUUCUGAUUUGGUUUCAGUUGCAGUUUGAAGAGAGCAAAUCAGGUCAAAGAUUGUUCGAAUGUCAGCACUAAAGAGUUUAUCCCAAACAUUCAACAGAGGAUCAUGUGGUUGUGCCUUUGAAAAACUAGAAAACAGUGGUGAAAAUCAACCAAGAUAAACUAUGAUAUGAAACUGACAGGAGAGCAAAUCAGAUCCUGUCCUUCCAUUUAUUAUUUUAUCUGAGAUCAGGUCACAGGGCUAACCCUCUCACCGGCAGCACUUUCCAUCUCACUGGGGGUCCCAAAGUGUUUCCAUGCAAACCUGUGGUCUCCUCCCAGUUAGACAAGUCAAGAAAAUCUCCAAAGGGAGGCAGGUUGGUCAGAUGCCCAAAUAACCUCAGCUGACUCCUUCCAACGUGGAGGAGAAGCACGUUGGCUCUGAUUCCCCCCGGAUGAUGGAGUGACCCAUCUAAUGUCUAAGCUGAGUACAGGCACCCUGCAGAGGAAGAUGAUCUCAAUCAUUGGAGAAUGUCUGAAUCUAUUUCUCAUGACCAUAGAAGAGACAGACUGGACAAAUGAGAGCCUUGCUUUUUGGAUCACCUUUCAUCACAACAAGAAAAGCAGAACGCAGUCUGCAAUACUUCAGAUGAGGCCCCAGUUCAUCUAGUAAUUCCCUUCUCCAUCCUGCAAUCAUUCGUGAACAAGACACCGAGAUACUUGAACUCCUCUGCUGGAGGCAGACCAAAUCCUGAACAGGAUUUUGCCAGAUGAGAGUCAAAGUUUGCACUUUUAGAAUCAAAUUAUGAUGCAAACUGCUGGAAUCUUAAUUUUUAGGCUAAGUUUUUCUAUUGCUCAGACUUGAUGAAAAUCUUUCUUUGUGUGUGUCUUUUUUUUUUUGUUAAAUUGUAAAAUAACACAUUUUUAAACCAUACUGAAGAACAUGACCAUCAGAAACAAUUGUUUGUAUAAUAAAAUGAGUCCUUGACUGUUUGAGCUCUGGCUGGAUUAUACAAUGGAGUAUUAAAGUCGUUGUAGAUUAAAGAAAAAAAAAUCUAUAAAAAUUGCA